AUGACAACAAAAAUUACUGUCAACAGCACUGAAGUUGUGACUGGCUUACAUCCCUGUUACAUAGUAGAGGACUCCAAUUACAUACUGACAAACAGACCCUCUAUUGUAUGUGUAUUCUUGUAUGCAUUCCUUGUAUCAUUGUCUGUUACAGCAAUAUGUGGAAAUCUCCUUGUAAUAAUCGCUGUGAUUUACUUCAAACAGCUCCAAACUCCUACUAACUCUCUUAUCAUCUCUCUGGCUGUGGCUGACCUGCUCGUUGGGAUUUUGGUCUUUCCUCUCAGCAUGGCAUUCUCUCUCAGCUCAUGUCUCUAUCACGAGGGUUUGUUUUGUAAAGUGCGAAGCAGCUUUGACAUUUCACUGAGCACAUGUUCCAUCCUGAACCUCUGCUGUAUUUCUGUUGACAGAUAUUAUGCCAUUUGCCAGCCUCUGACAUAUCAAACUAAAAUCAGCCACCAUGUUGUUGUGAUCAUGAUCCUGGUGAGCUGGGGGGUCUCUGGGAUAAUUGGAAUUAGUGUCACCAUUGCUGGAUUAAAUAAUGGAGAGUGUGAGGAAUCUUGCUUGAUUGACGUUUUAAUUGAAAAUGCUGUUGGACCCAUAUUAUCGUUUUACCUCCCAGUGAUCACAAUGCUUUGUAUCUACUUAAAGAUUUUCUGUGUUGCACAGAGACAAGCACGCAGCAUCCAGAACACAACAAGGUCUGGAGAAACUGCCAGCAAGAAGGAGAGAAAAGCCACCAAAACUCUGGCUAUUGUUUUGGGAGUUUUUAUAUUAUGCUGGACUCCUUUUUUUCUUUCCAUCACGUUUCCACCUUUUACUGGUGAUUCAGUACCAGUUCCUGUGACUGAAACUCUUAACUGGCUGGCGUUGUGCAAUUCAAUGCUAAAUCCAUUUAUUUAUGCUUUCUUUUACAGCUGGUUCAGGUCAGCUGUUAGAAUGAUUAUUUGUGGAAAGAUUUUCCAGGGUAGUCUUCCUAAUACAAAAUUGAUUUGA